UGGUGGCCCUUGUAGAGUUGGUGCUCACUUUUCUAGGCUUGCCACACCAGCAUGCAUUGCGAUUCCACCGGAAGCCCGAAACUCCGAUUCCGUCUGGCGCAUACCGCCAAGUACAGUGGCGGAGUCUUGCUGCCUGAGGGGCAGGGCAGCCUGGAUAGGCACCAGAGAGCGGUUUCAUUCUUUCUUUUUUUUAUUCAAUAAUGUACCCCCUCUAAAAUAUAUUCUCAGCCAAGUACCCCCUGACCAGCACAAAACUGUUUUUGUGUGGAAAGAAAUUCAAUAUAUCUAUAUAAGGAGGCGCAAUACAACUCUGCACCAUCAGUGUCUGCAAACAGCAACCUUGUAACUGAAAAAACUGUCAAAUGCUUAAUUUUAAAUGUUUAGAAUCCAUCACCAUAUUCAUGUCACCAAUUAAACCAUUUUUUUUUUUUUUUACCAACAAGUCAUUGAUGUUUUGUGCUGAGAUGUAUGUAUGUGGUGCGCUGACUUCAUGCAAUGGUUGGCUCAUUUCUCCCCGCAAAAAAAAGUACAAUGCAUUGUGAUUGCAGCACAUUGAGACAGAUCCCAUCAAAUCAUAUUCUUCCUGAUUUUGACGGUAUGUUGUUUGCUCUGUUUUCGCUUUCUUUUUCAUUUCUUUCUCCAGUUUGAAAAACUGACCGCCCUGACGUGUGGCAUCCGUUGCCACAGUAACCAUUUGUUUUUGGUAGAUCUUACAUUUGAGAGGCAGGAGAACAAUUGGCUGUUUUUCAACCGCAAGUAACAAGUGACGAACCAGAGAAAAAAAAUGUCUGUCCCAGGACCGCAGUCCCCAGCAGGGUGUUGGACCCAAUCUUGUGAGUAUUGAGGUCAUGCGGAAUCACUCUGAGCUCCUCAGAGCAGAAUGCACAAGGCUAAUGCAGGAAACUGACAAAACAUGCAAACACAUGCAAAAUGAUGACAAGAAGCUACUAGACCAGCGGGUCAGAGACCUCCAGUUUCUGAAGAAGGAGCUGGAGCUGAAGUUGGGGGAGAUUAUUGUGGAGAUUGAUUUCCUCAUAGCGUUGCAGAGCCGAGUGGUGAAAGCCCUGGGGGCCUGCAAAGAGCCUCUGAGAGUCACCAUGGUCUGUCUGGAGGAGAGAAUGAAGCGCCUCCCUUCUGAUAGACUGCAUGACGAGGUGGACAGUGAGCUGAUGAGGGAGAGGGAGGUUAUUGAGGGAGUGACUUCCCUUCUGCAGAAUGCAGCAGAGCAGAUCACUGAGCAGAUAAGAUUGGACCGAUCUGCCAAGUACCACCUGGAGCAGGACCUGAAGGAGAAAUAUGAGGCUCAGUGCAUCGACAACUUCUGUGCCUUAAUGACCACCCAUUCCAUUAACAACCUAAACGGGUCCAAAAAAAUUGUUCCGCAGAGCUUGACAGUGACUCCAAAGCAGUGGGAGAACAUCUCAGACAUCAACAUGGCCAAAGCCGAGCAGCAGCAGACCAACUCUCGGUCCUUACGGGCCAUGGUGGAGUCUCUCCUGGAGCAGACAGUCACUGACAUGCAGAAGCAGGUCCAGGCCACAGCAGAAGCAUUUCAGCUGAACGUCCAGGAGGUCAAGUCUGCCAAGAGCCAGAUGGAGGAUCAACUGGCCAAGAUUUUGUCUGAGUUUGCCAGCGAGCAGAGGAACAGAGAGGAUCUGCAAGUGGCCAUCGCAGGGAGUAAGCAUGUUCUGAGUUUGGCCCAGGCCCGGCUGGCUUUGCGACGCCAGAGGCCUGGGAAAGAGCAAUGUCAGGAUCCAGCACAGUCCCAGCUCCUCGCCGAGGUCCAGCAGCUCACCGCUAAGAUCAACAAACUGCGUGAGGCAGCGGUCCAGUCAGAGGAGGAGCAGAGGGCUCUGGUUCGUUGCCAGCUGGAGCUGCAGGAGAACAUUGAGGUGAAGGCCUGCUCGCUCUACAUCGACGAGGUCAUCUGCACCCAGCACAGGGAGCCCAUCAUCAUACAUAACUUCUAAGCCACAGCAAAGCUUUACUGUACAUGUGCCUAGUAUUUCAUUAUAUAAAGUUCACUUCAAAUGA